AUGAAAGAAGGCACAUAUUUGGAAAAGAGCAACAGGUUUAGUAAACAUAAAAAUCAUGUGGAGCUUGGCGGGCUUGCAUGUGCAUAUAUUGGAGUACCCGUAGAUUUUAUUUUCGCCAAUAGUAAUAGUAAUAGUAUAUGUAACGUAACCGCAUCAGGAGAACAAGACAUUAGAUUACAACCUCAAGCUGCUGUAUCUUUGGGUGAUCACCUGGAGACCAUCACAGUUCAAGCAAAAUCUGUACAUUCACCAUAUAAAGAUGCUUUAAUAUAUCUUAUUCUGACAAAGUGA